AUGGUGAGGAGAAUAGUCUUUGAGUCUGUUUUGAGUUUGGAUGAAAGAAAACUAGCAGAGGAAGCAAAACAGAGAACCCUGAACAUCCUUACCGAUGCUCUGAAGAAAAAAACCCAUCUCUUGGUGGAGAAACCAGAAGACCUGAGUGAAUUAAGUCGGCAUCUUCCACUCAUUCCAAUCAUUAGUGCUAAUCUCGUUCAACAGCUCAUCGAUGAACUCCAGAAAGUGUCAUUCCUGAAGAAUAACAGUCCAAGAAACUACAGAACUGUAGCUUACGUCUAUAGUAACUUAGGUGACAGAGUAAUUUAUUUGUGUCCAUUGUUUUGGAAACAAUCAGAAUUCUUUGGCAUCAAUUCUCGCCCUGGAACUUUAGUACGCAAAGUUGCUUAUUUUCUGGGGUACGAUGAUUCUGUUCCUAAAUCUUUGACAGAUGAAACUGGGAACAUAACCCUAAACAAUGAAACAGUCAAGCUCACUACAUAUGACAUUGAGCUUGCAUUUGGAUUGUUCAUGUCACAUCGCGGAACCUACACAGACGGUGCGUAUUCAUGCUGCGGAGAGAAGUCCAGGGACUCGGUCUGUGAACAUUCUUUGAUGAGCUACGUGAUCAGGUAUUUCAGACAAAAUGUCAUUAUCACUUUGUAUCAUAAGGGUUCACCAACUUAUCCGAUCGCAAAUUGUAGACCAAGCAUGUCAAACUUGCGGCCCACAAUAAAUCUUUAAAAGUUUGACAUGCUUACUAAGGCAGAGUAGGCACUUGCUCUCCUUACAUUGUAGGUGCCUAUUCUGCUAAAAUUUACCCGCCCCGGGAGGAGAGGUCGCUAGCGGCAGCGAGGGAGCUCAGUCUUCCUGCUCCUCACUGCUCCCUCGCGCGCCCCUCUGUGGUGAUGCCGAGUGCCGUCAUUCCGGCCCGGCAUCACUAAACUGCGCAUGUUAGGAAGUAGUGAGGAGCAGGUAGGAGACCUCCUGAGAGAAGAUCUCCACCGGACCCCAUGGAGAGGCCCCAUACAAGCUCCCAUAGGUAGGGAACAAUAAAUAAAAUUAUGUGAGUGUGUGCAAGAAUAUGUAUAUGCGUGUGUUUGUGUGUGUGUGUGUCUGUCAGUGAGUGUGUCUGUGUGCCUGUCAGUGUGUGUGUGUGUCUGUCAGAGAGUGUGUGUGUGUCUGUCAGAGAGUGUGUGUGUCUGUCAGAGAGUGUGUGUCUGUGUGUCUGUCAGUGUGUCUUUCGGUGUGAGUGUCUGUCAAUCAGUGAGUGAGUGUGCAUUUUUGUGUGUCUGUCAGAGUGUGUGUGUGUGUCUGUCAGUGUGUAUCUGUCAGUGUGUGUGUCUGUCAGUGAGUGUGUCAGUGAGUGAUAGUCUGUCAAAGUGAUUGUGUGCGUCUGUCAGUGAGUGUGUGUUGGUCAGUUUUGCGAUGGUCACGGCUGGACAGUGGAGGACCUGGAGGUGCACGGAGGCACAUAAUGCCACGUCACAUUCCGACGUGACGUCAAUGUGCUCCACCUUCACAGGGUUUCAAGGAGUAGCGGGAGGAUCCUCUUUGGCACAGGGUGUGGACAGGGUCAUUGGGAGUAUACCAAAGGCUGAUCUCUGAAUGUGUAAUGUGUGUGUCUGCCAGUGUGUGUGUCUGUCAGUGAGUGUGUCUGUCAUUGUGUGUGUACCUGUCAGUAUGUGUAGGGGCGUACCUAGAGCAUGUGGCACCCGGGGCGGGUCCGGGGUUUGGCACCCCCCUGCCCCUCCCCCCUCCAUGAAACAAAACAAAAAACAACUUCUACAUUUUUAGAAAAGUGUUCUUUUUUUAAAUUUUAUUUUUUUUAAUUUUACAUCUUUUUUUAAAUUUUUUUUAAAUGUAUUGGACAAGUUUGUAAACUUUUUAAAACCCCUACCCCCUUCUACAAAAUCCCUGCACCCCCUCACACACAGUUACACAGUUACAGGCACACAGUUACAAGCAGACAGUCACACGCACACAGUCACAUGCAGACAGUCACACAUAUAGUCACAGGAAAUCAUACAUACAGUUACAGGUAGAGAGUUACACACACACAGUCAGUUACAAGCAGUAACACACAGUCAUGCACACUGUUACAGGCAGACAGUCACAUAUACAGUCACACACACAGUCACAGGCAGACAGUCAUAUACAUAGUUACAGCCACACACACAGUUACAGGCAGCUAGUCACACGCACACAGUUGCAGACAGUUACACACACAGUAUGUUACAGACAGUCACGCACACAGUUACAUGCAGACAGUCAAACACACACACAGUCACAGACAGCAUCACACAGUCACAGGCAGACUGUCACACAUAGUCACAGGCAGUCACACACACACAGUCACAGGCAUGCAGUCACACACACACACAAUUACAGGAAGACAGUUACACAAACACGCAGUUACAGGCAGACUGUUACACACACACACGCAGUUACAGGCAGACCGUUACACACACACACAGUUACAGGCAGACAGUUAUGCACACACACACAGUUACCGGCAGACCAUUACAGACACACACACACACACACACACACACACAGUUACAGGUAGACAGUUACGCACACACACACACACACAGUUACAGGGUCAGGCAGACAGUUACACACACACACACACAGUUACAGGCAGACAGUUACACACACUCUCUUACUUACAGACCGUGUGGGCUGGAGGAGUGAUUUCAUUGAAGUCCUUCCCUUGGAGCCUGUUAGGUGGAGGAGCAGGGAUUUCUUCUUGCUGCACCUCCAUGUGCAGCAGUUACAGCAGCGCCCCCCCUCUCGGAUAGGCUCUGCCCCUAAAUGGCUGUAGCUCCACCCCCUUCUUCCUUCCGUGCGGCCAGUUCAGCUUUCUGGUCUCUCCAUGUGAGUUGUGCGACACCCCAGCUGCCAUGGGGUGCAGCUCACAUGUCCCCCAUUAGCCUUCAGACCACCCCCCUACCAGGUCGCCCCCCCCCCUUAGUCCGCCACUGAAUAUGUGUGUGUGUCUGUCAGAGAGUGUAUGUGUCUGUCAGAGUGUCUGUCAGUGAGUGAGUGUGUGUGUGUGUGUGUUUGUCAGUCAGCGAGUGUGUGUCUGUCAGUCAGUGAGUGUGUGUCUGUCAAAGUGAGUGUGUGUGUCUGUCAGUGAGUGUGUCUGUUAGUGAGUGAGUGUGUGUCUGACAGAGUGUGUGUCUGUCAGUGAGUGUGUGUUGGUCAGUGUUGCGAUGGCUGCAGCUGGACAGUGGAGGACCUGGAGUUGCACGGAGGCACAUAACGCCACGUCACAUUCCGACGUGAUGUCAACGUGCUCCAUCUUCACAGGGUUUCAAGGAGUAACAUGAGGAUCCGCUUUGGCACAGGGUGUGGAAAGUGCCAUUUGGGGUAUACCAGAGGCUGGACUCCGGAGUCGCAUACUGGCAGUGGCAAUAUGAGUGGAGUUUGCUUGUUGGCUAAUAUUGUUUUGUUUGUAAACAAGGGCCAGGGUUUAGUAGAGGGGAGUGCUGGGAUUUAGUAGAGAGAGGUGCUGGUAUUUAGUAGAGGGGGGGCACCUGGAUUUAGUAUAGAGAGUGGGACUGGGUUUUAGUAGAGGGGGGUGCUGUUUUUUAUUGUACUGUACUUUUCAAAACAAACCUACAUUCCCAUGAAAAUGUAAGGUGUUUUUUUUUGGGGGUUUCGCAUUUACAUACAUAAACUUAGCACAUAUUUGUGGCCCAUGCUAGCCUUUGAGUGUGACAUGCUUGCUGUAGACAUUCUGAAACCAAAUACUUACAGGGUUAUUCACUAAAUUUCAUAUUUAAGGCCAAAACUGAAAGCAAAGCUAACUUGGAGACAUUUUUUUCAGUUGGCUAUUUUCCCCAAAAAUUUUAAAUUCACUGUAAAUUCUCGAUAUCUAUCAGUUUAGUGAAUCCUCUGUUAUUUAAAUUCAAAAUGUCCAGUGCCAAGCAGAUUAUAUCCACUAAAGUGUAAAUUGCCAGGAAUUCAAAGCAUAAUUAAAAUGUGCAAAAGUCAAGUCCUUGACUUUUGUCUAAUCACAGUUCUAGCCUUCUCAUGUCCCUUUUAAUAUUACAAAGGUUCUCUGCUUUAGCAACAAUCAAAGGUGACGGGCAAUCUAUGGUUAGUGUCCUUUAUCAAGGAUCUUAUUUAAAAAAUCUUAUUUAACAAAAAAAAGUUUCCUUUUCCAUCCUCCUUUAAUCUUUUUGUUCUAUAUUUGAAUGGCCAAGGAGAAUAUCAGAUGAAUCUGUUUUGAGUGAAGAUGAGCAGAAACAGGCAGAAGAAGCAAAACAAAGAACUCUGUUCAUCCUUACUGAUGCUCUGAAGAAAAAAGACCAUCUCUUGGUGGAGAAACCAGAAGACCUGAGUGAAUUAAGUCGGCAUCUUCCACUCAUUCCAAUCAUUAGUGCUAAUCUCGUUCAACAGCUCAUCGAUGAACUCCAGAAAGUGUCAUUUAAGAAGAAUAUAAGUCCAAGAAAUGACAGAACCGUAGCUUACGUCUACAGUAACUUGAGCGACAGAGUCAUUUAUUUGUGUCCAUUGUUUUGGAAACAAUCAGAAUCCUUAGACUUCAACUCUCGCCUUGGAACUUUAAUACACGAGGUUGCUCAUUUUCUGGGGUAUCAUGAUUCUGUUCCUAAAUCCUUGACAGAUAAAACAGGGAACAUAACCCUAAACAAUGAAACAGUCAAGCUCACUACAUAUGACAUUGAGCUUGCAUUUGGAUUGUUCAUGUCACAUCGCGGAACCUACACAGACGGUGCGUAUUCAUGCUGCGGAGAGAAGUCCAGGGACUCGGUCUGUGAACAUUCUUUGGUGAGCUACGUGAUAAGGUAUUUCAGACUAAAUGUCAUUAUCUCUUUAUAUCAUAAGGGUUCACCAAUGUAUCCAAUAACAAAUUGUAGACAUUCUGAAUCCAAAUACUUACAGGGUUAUUCACUGAAUUUCAUAUUUAAGGCCCAAACUAAAAGCAAAUCUGACUUGUAGACAUUUUUUUCAGUUUGGCUAUUUUCAUUCUACAUUAAAAAUUUACUGUGAAUUCUCGAUAUCAUUUUAGGGAAUCCUCUGUUAUUUUAGAUUCAAAAUGUCCAGUGCCAAGCAGAUUCUAUCCACUAAAGGGUAAAUUGCCAGGAAUUCAAAGUAAAAUUUAAAUUUGCAAAAAUCAAGUCCUUGACUUUUGUCUAAUCUCAUUUCUAGCCUUCGCAUGUCCCUUUUAAUAUUACAAACUUUCUCUGCUUUGGCACUUAUCAGAAGUGAUGGGCUGUUGUUGUGGCAAUCUAUGGUCAGUGUCCUUUAUCAGAGAUCUUAAUUAACAAAAAAACAUUUUCUUUUCCAUCCUCCUUUCAUCUUUUUGUUCGAUAUCUGAACGGCCAUGGAGAAUAUCAGAUGAAUCUGUUUUGAGUGAGGAUGAGGAGAAACAGGCAGAGGAAGCAAAACGGAGAACCCUUAAUAUCCUGACUGAUGCUCUAAAGAAAAAAGACCAUCUCUUGGUAGAGAAACCAGAAGAGCUGAGUGAAUUAAGUCGGCAUCUUCCACUCAUUAGUCCAAAUCUCGUUCAACAGCUCAUUGAUGAACUCCAGAAAGUGUCAUUCAAGAAGAAUAAAAGUUCAAGAAAUGACAGAACCGUAGCUUACGUCUAUAGUAGCUUAAGCGACAGAGUCAUUUAUUUGUGUCCAUUGUUUUGGAAACAAUCAGAAUCCUUAGACAUCAAGUCUCGCCCUGGAACUUUAAUACACGAAGUUGCUCAUUUUCUGGGGUAUGAUGAUUCUGUUCCUAAAUCCUUGACAGAUAAAACAGGGAACAUAACCCUAAACAAUGAAACAGUCAAGCUCAAUACAUAUGACAUUGAGCUUGCAUUUGGAUUGUUCAUGUCACAUUGCGGAACCUACACAGACGGUGCGUAUUCAUGCUGCGGAGAGAAGUCCAGGGACUCGGUCUGUGAACAUUCUUUGAUGAGCUCCAUGAUCAGGUAUUUCAGACUGUCAUUAUCUCUUUAUAUCGUAAGACUUCGCCAACUUAUCCCAAAGCAAAUUGUAGACAUUCUGAAUCCAAAUACUUACAGGGUUAUUCACUGA